AUGGAUCGCGCCCGGACCGAAUUCUACAUUUCCUCCCCCUGGCGCUGGAAGCCCAAGGGAGUAGAUCAUGUCCUUCGAAAGAUGGCUGACACAAUGGCUCAGGAGGGUGCUGAGUUCACGUUCGACACCGAAUCUUCCUUCUUCAAGGUAAAAUGCCUUGCAAGGGAUGAAGAUAGGACCAUGAACCAGUUCAAGAUUAUCCAGGAAGAGAUCGAGGAUGAGGUCCUCAGGUCAGGUACCAACGAGUUCCUGCACCCUAACGGCACCAUCAACAGGGGACUCGAUAGCGAUCUGAUUGGGUACACUCCCGAGCACAAGGUUGUCAAGAAUGUAGGAGGUUCUCACAAAGAGUACACCCUGCCUUCUACCUCUACCCAGUUCCAGCUCCAUGAUGUCUGGACUGGGCUCGAGACAGGCAACCAGAAAAUGGCAAUUCACGACUUGUUGAACGAAGAGCGAUUUGCCCUUAUUGAAAGGACCAACCAAGUUGCCGUGUCCUACAACCUCUCUGGCAAAGCUGUCUAUAUUUUUGCCAAUGCCGUGGAAGCCAUCGAGAAAACCUUCGACAACCUGGACAACUUGCUCGCAGGAUUGAAAAUCAAGGAUCCUGUUCCGACACAUAUCUUCAAUACCGAGUCUUACGUCGACAAUUCCCACGAGACCUUUUUCGCCGAUGCUCGGUAUAUCGGCAAUAUCACCCCUGCUCUCUUGACAACCACCCUUCUUGACCGACGGCUUUACAACGACCCUGCUGUGGCCUACCCAGCCCUGCCCAGAGCAAUAUCUCUGCGGCUCUGUCAAUUCGAUGAAAGGAAGCAGUACCACGUGUCUCUCCUGGGACCUGCGAUCAAGACCGUCCAUCCUCCUCCGAGAUCUACCAAAUCCAGGGUUAGGACGCGACUAUUUGGCCUAGGUUAUAGAGUCCGAGCUGAGAAGGGCCGGGGACCAAAUGCCAGAGAAUGGAUUGCUGGCCCGGGCCAGGGCGUCAAUGCUGGAUUCCCAACCCAGGCUUCGCAAGAACAUCCAGCUUUGGAGCAGGAGGAGGACAAGAGCGCCCAGGUGGAGAACUGGCUCAUCGAUAUCUCGACCAACGGCGGACCUCAACCGGCAGACUCUGUCGCGCUUGAUGAGAUGAAAGCAGUCCUCGAGAAGCUCGCCCCGUCAAAGUCCCAGACUAAACGGACAGCUGAGGAAUUAAAGAGCAUCAAGGAUUUCCCCACGGCAUCCUCACCGAUCUCUUUUGGGAUGGGUGCUCUGGUCCCGGAGCCGACGAGUAGUGCCAUGCAACUCGGACCCGAGUCCAAGAGCCCUGUCAAGACCGCCUUGGAGCGGCAGUCUGGGCUCCAGAUUCCGGCUGCCGAUAACACGGCUAAGGAAGCUGAGCGGAAGGACUCGGUGAAGGGAACUGUGCAGAAGAAGGCCAAUGCCCGGGCCGCUGCUGGGGUUCAUAUUGUGGAGAGGCCCGACUAUUCCUCGCAAUUUGCCCCAAAGAUGGACGAUGCGAUCAGACAACUGGUCGCCAAGGGACCCUAUCUCCCAGGCAAGAUCACCCUCCGAGCCGACUUUGGCCGUGUCCUCCUGCGAGGCAUCGAUGAGAGUGCGCUCAACUUUAGGGCGGAAGGCUCGAGGAGCAACGGCUGGCCUCUAGAGAUCCUAUCACAGAGGCUUAGAGAGUGCAAGGGCACGUCCUUCACGAAGAUUCUCACCACGGACGGAGUGGAUGUCGAAUACCUGGUCGGCAUCCGAGAUGCUAGGACGGGCCAACUGCUGUGGAACCCAGAGCCAACGAACCGUACAAUCUACUCGUUCGCUUGUACCGCAGGCCAAGGGAAUAAGAAUAAGGAGCAGUUCUUCCUGGACAUCGAUGGGACCGAGGACGCCUUCACCUAUGUUCUCCGCGGGAAGAACGAGGACAAGGCACCCAUCUGGGUCCAUGGCCUCCUGCGGAACUGGGAUUUUCGCGUGGCGAUGUCGCACACGAACGUGGCCGAGCUGGAGAACAAGUUCGGGCCGUUCGCAAGGUCGCUCGUUGCCAACCUGCAGGUGACAUUGGCCAGCGAGACGGACGACCCCCGCCUCCGAUGGGGCAUCCACGACGACUUCCACGUCGCCGUCAACCACAUGCGCACACUGACAAAGUGGCGCUUCAUGAGCCGGGACGGCGAGAGCCACCUCAACAUCACCGAGGUCCUUGAGAACGAUGUCCAGGGUUGUAAGUCAUCCCCGGACAUGAACGGCCGCAACGGCUGGUUCAUGCAAAUGGCCCAGCUUUACAAGGGCGCCAACCGCGGCCGGCUGGAGAGGUUGGGUUUCCCGGACCGGUGGUACGAGGCGUCGGUCACAUCGGCGGUGGCGGAGGACAUGCUCUGCCAGAACGAGAGCCUUUGCUUCGCCGCCAGGGCCGACUGGGAUUUCGAAUCCCUCAAGGACGCGGGCGCUUUGAACGCCAUCCUCAAGCCCGCCCUGCGCAUGCUGCAGGAAAUGGACUCGGUGGGCGCUGGCAACGACAACCGCCAGGCCGGCAUGAUGAAACUGCCGCGGCCGAACAACACGUUCGUGCCCGCACCUGGCGUCCAGGUUGAGGACCCAAACGCGGUGUUCUGGUAG